UUCGAGACAUAUUUUUCUAAACGAAUGAGAGCCAAUUCAAAUAAAUUAACAGAAAAGAAAAGGAAGAAUUUGUAGAUGGAAGCAGCAAAGGAGACAGCAGCUAAUGUUGCCGCUUCGGCUAAGUCUGGCAUGGAAAAAACCAAGGCAGUUGUUACAGAGAAGGCGGAGAAAUUAACGACAAGUGAUCCAGUGCAAAGACAAAUGGCGACGGAGGCAAAGGAACAGAAAAUCCAUCAAGCGGAGAUGGAUAAGCUGGCGGCACAGGAGCAGAACGCCGCCUCUAGACAAGCGGCUGCCACCGGAGGAACUACUGCAUAUACCGCUACUGGCGGUGGCGUGGGUCUCGGUCACACCUCCCUUGGGACACAUGGCACGACCACAGGUCAUACUGGUCUUGGUCACGCCACUGGUACACAUGGCAUUACUCCAGGUCAUACUGGUCUUGGUCACACCACUGGUACACAUGGCAUCACACCAGGUCAUUCUGGUCUCGAUCACACCAGUCGUACACAUGGCACUACUCCAGGUCAAACUACUGGUGUGAUCGGGACACAUGGCGUUACUACCGGUGUGAUGCCGGGAGGCGCGGCAGCAGAGCACCCGACCGAGACCACAACGGGCGUAUCCACCGGAGACAACCAUGGAUCGACCACCGGUUCUGCCUUUUAAUUAGAUAGGAAGUUCUCUUUCUUCUGUGAGUUGUAAAAUUAGUUCGUUGUAAAGUUUUUAGGGAGGUUAGUUGAUAUAAUUUUGGAGUACAAAUACAGGAUGGAUCUUUAAUAUAAGUAGUGUAUUAAGAGUU